ACUUAUUCAAACACGGGUUCUCCCGCGAUGUUUUCUGUUGCCAACCAUUUAAUCUUUAUGUACAAUGAGUUUGCCUUUGUAAAUUGAUGUUCAGAAACUGUUUGAUGAAAUGCCCGAGAGGAAUGUUGUAACAUGGACCACAACCUUGUCUGCAUAUACCAGCAAUUGGUAGACCCGAUAAAGCUAUCAUUUAUACAACCAUAUGUUGCGUUCUCAUUUAGAGGUGCCCAAUGGGUUCAUAUACUCUGCUGUUUUGAAAGCAUGUAGUCUUGUAGGUGACACUGAACUUGGUAGAUUGAUUCAUGGAAGGAUAUAUAGAUACAAAUUGGAGGAGGAUGUUGUUUUGAUGAAUACCCUUUCAGACAUGUACGUUAAGUGUGGAAGUUUGAGUCUUGCCAAGAAAGCUUUUGGUGAGAUUUUGAAUGCAAAUUCCACUUCAUGGAAUACAAUCAUUGCUGGGUAUUGUAAAGCAGGUUUGAUGGUGGAGGCGGUGCAUUUGUUUCGUCGAAUGCCUGAACCUAAUAUUGUGUCUUGGAAUAGCAUCAUUGCUGGCUUUGCAGAUAGUGGAAGUCCACAAGGUUUGGAAUUUUUGUGUAUGAUGCAUAGGAAAGGACUUAGGCUUGAUGAAUUCACACUACCAUGUGCACUUAAGUCCUGUAGCUAUCUUGGUUCAUUAGCUACGGGUCAGCAGAUUCAGUGCUAUGUCCUAAAGUCAGGUUUUGAGUCCAGCUGUUUCAUUGCUUCUGCGCUUGUUGAUAUGUAUUCCAAUUGCAGUGUCUUAAAUGAAGCAGAAAAGCUAUUCAAUCAGUACAUGUCUACUGAAAGGACAUACGAUAAAGUCUCUCUUCUGAAUUCUAUGAUAUCUGGGUAUGUUGUCAAUGAAGAAAAUAGAGCAGCUCUCAAUCUGGUUAUGCAAAUCUAUUUUUCUGGUUUGUGCAUUGAUUCCUAUGCUUUCAGUAGUAUCUUAAAGAUCUGCAUCAACUUACUCAAUUUGAGACUUGGGCUUCAGGUGCAUGGUUUAGUUGUCACAAGUGGAUUUGAAUUAGACUGUGUCAUUGGAAGCAUUCUUAUAGAUCUCUAUUCAAAACUAGGAAAUGUCAAAGAUGCUUUAGCCCUGUUCCAUAGGCUCCCAGAGAAAGAUAGUGUUACUUGGUCCGGUCUAAUAAUCAGUUGUGCUAAAAUGGGUUUUAACUCAUUAGCUUUUUCUCUCUUUACUGAUAUGGUUAAGAUGGACCAUAAUGUAGAUCAGUUUGUCAUAUCAAGCAUUCUGAAAGUAUGUUCAAGUUUAGCAUCUCUUGGAAGUGGUAGGCAGGUCCAUGCUUUCUGUAUUAAGAUUGGUUACGAAUCAGAAGGGGUUAUAAUGACAUCUAUGAUUGACAUGUACUCAAAAUGUGGUGAAAUUGGGGAUAGUUUAGCUUUGUUCAUCUGUACAUCAGAAAGAGAUAUUGUUUGUUGGACUGGGAUCAUAAUGGGAUGUGCACAAAAUGGAAGAGCAAAGGACGCUAUUAGGUUUUUUUAUGAGAUGAUACAAUCUGGAUUAGAACCAAAUGAGGUCACCUUUUUAGGAGUUCUUUCUGCCUGUAGACAUGCUGGCUUAGUUGAAGAUGCAUGGACCAUAUUUAGGUUCAUGAAAUAUAAAAACCAACUGGAGCCCCAAUUGGAGCAUUAUUAUUGCAUGGUAGAUCUUCUUGCUCAAGUUGGCCGUUUCAAAGAGGUGGAGAAAUUGAUUGAUAACAUGCCUUUUGAGCCUGAUAAAACUAUAUGGAGCUCCAUGCUUGCAGCCUGCGCCAUUCACAAGAAUAUCAAACUGGUUACUGUGAUUGCAGAACGCCUACUUGUAACCUCUUCGCGAGACCAUUCCGUAUAUGUGAUGCUUUCAAAUGUUUAUGCAACACUUGGAAUGUGGGAUCAUUUAAGUAAAGUGAGGGAAGCUUCAAAGAAAAUGGGCAUAAAAGAAGCUGGAAAGAGCUGGAUCAAGAUUUGAGGUCAACAAACCUGUUUUUUUGUCAUAGUUCAGUGAUUGAAGCUUGAUUUAGAAAGAUCAAAUUUAGCAAUUUUUAAUAUGUUCUCAAGGUAUCAAGAGCAGUGUCUGUCUCAACUGUUCUCAAAGGGCCAUACAUGUUGGAAAGGUUUCAUGAAAAUAAUGGAGAUCAGAAGCAUUACAUUUUGAUGGUUGGAAGGGUUUCAGAUUUUCAACAAGUCACCCUUGGAUGCAAUACAUGGAGAAUUCUUUCAUUUUAAUUACAUGCGAAUCGAAUUCCUUCCUUUCCUAUCGUUGAAUGCAGUUACCAUCUCUUGUCAAUCUCCAUGUCUUCCUCAAGGUUGAAACUGUGCAAUUAAACUCUGUUUUCCCUGUUGAGAGAGAAGGAAAGAGAAAGAGUUCUCUGAAACAGAAAUCUGCACUGGUUAUUGCAUGGCAGUUUUCACUUGCAUUGGUA